AUGCGAGCAUCUUGGUCUCUAGUAGACAGAUUCCCGCAGCCAGCCUGUCGCGCAGCGCGCCUCUUUGCGCCGCCUCUAUUCCGACAGCACCCAACGAGUGUAUCCCCGUCCUACAGACUCCCUUACAAACCGGGCAUUCUGACCAAGACCACAACCCGCGCACCACUACUUUGUCGCCUCAACAGCUCUGCGCAUUUCUCCUCCAAGAGGUUCCCAGGCCCAGUCGGAAGGCCGCUUCAAUCGAGCGCAUCCCAGACAUAUCUGUCAUUAGUAGCGAUAGUCGCUGUAGCUGCCCUCUACGUUGCUGUCCAACCGCGACCUCAGUCGCGCCAGGAAACCGAGGCGCACGAACUCGACGAGAUGGCGCAAGACAUCACAACCGAGUUGCUGCCGGGGCGCGUUGGGAACCUGACGCCUGAGCAAGAGGAAAAGGUGCGAAAGCUCUGGGCCGCCAUCUUCCAAGUGUGCGCCGUCGGCGAGCAGGAUGACGCCGCUUCAGUAGCCCCAUCCGACAAGACGAACUCUAAAGACAAGGGGGAUAAAGGAAAGAAGAGGAAAAUUGGGCUUUUCUCCAGGAAAAAUAAGGACAAGGGCGACACGGACUCGAGCUCGACAACGAGUGGCGUGGGCGCGUCGAUCAAGGCUGACGAUGCUGACGAUAAGUACGGGCAAAACAAGCAAUUCCUGGACACACUGGCAACAACGUCGCCCGAGGUCAUCCGCGCUACCCUCUGGUCGAUGAUUAAGCACGACCACCCUGAUGCUCUGGUAUUGCGCUUCCUCCGAGCGAGGAAAUGGGACGUUGAUAAUGCGCUUGUUAUGUUGGUGUCCACCAUGAACUGGCGCUCUACCGAGGUGCACGUUGAUGACGACAUCAUGUUAAACGGCGAGGCGGCGAUGGUCGAGAAGUCGAAAUCAAGUGAUGCAAAGGAAAAGCAGCUGGGAGAGGAUUUCAUGGCGCAGAUCCGCAUGGGCAAGAGCUUCCUUCAUGGCGUUGACGACAAGGGGCGCCCCAUAUGUGUUGUCAGGGUACGGUUGCAUCACCAGGGUGAACAAUGUGAGGAAUCUCUUGAGAGGUACACCGUGUAUCUCAUCGAGACGGCGCGUAUGGUCUUGCGCCCACCGGUUGAUACCGCCACUAUCUUGUUCGACAUGACCGGGUUCUCAAUGGCCAAUAUGGACUACACGCCGGUCAAGUUUAUGAUCAAGUGUUUUGAGGCCAACUAUCCCGAAUCACUGGGCUCAGUGCUGGUUCACAAGUCACCGUGGAUUUUCCAAGGAAUAUGGAAAAUUAUCAAAGGGUGGUUGGACCCGGUGGUCGCUAGCAAAGUGCACUUCACCAACAACCUCAAGGAUGUGGAGCAGUUCAUCCACUCCAGCCGUGUGCUGAAAGAGCUAGACGGACAGGAGGACUGGACGUACACAUACGUAGAACCCACACCUGGCGAAAACGACAAGAUGAAGGACGAGGCAACGCGGGACGGCCUGUUGGCUGCGCGCGAACAGCUCUAUAAGGAUUACGAGGACGCAACUAUCAAAUGGAUUCAGAAUCCGGAUGACAAGUCAAUCAAGGUCCAAAGAGACAGCAUCGCGGCCAAGCUAAGGGUGGACUACUGGAACCUAGACCCGUACCUAAGGGCAAGGUCGCUUUAUGACCGGACGGGAUGGUUACAAGGGGAGAAGGUCGACCCAUACCCUAAAAAGACGGAUGCGACGGCGGCGACGUCGUCGGAUGACGUGGAUUAA